UGCGCUAGUGAGCAUCCUGUAUCCGGAUUGAAAAAUUGUGAAAAGUCGACAUGUCGUGAUAUCGUUCGAUUGAAUUUAAUUAAGAAAAUAGUGCUUAAAACGUUGAAAAUCGUACGGAAUUUUUAAGUGUGUGCAUUAUUUUAUAUAUAUAAAAGGAAUAUAAAAAAGAAAAAGGAAAGAAAUUAUAAAUUAAAAUUAAGAAAAAUGAAUAAUGAAUCUGAUAAAAAACCCGACACAAGUGUAUGUAGUACAGCAGUACCAACAAUAGUUACAACACAGACGCAAACAACGUCAAAACAGCAACACCAACACCAUCAAAAAGGAAAUAAAAAUUGUAGUAGUGUUGGUAUUGGUGGUCAAAAUUUAAAUAAUAUUCCUAAUAAUAUAAAUAGUGGCAGUAAUACAGAUAAUAUAAAAAAUUUGAAAAAUAAUAGUAGUGGUAAUAAAAAUAGCAAUAGUGUUAAUAAAACCAAUACCAAUGCGAAUACGAAUUCAUCAUCGAAACUGAAUAAUAAUAAUAACAACAACAACAACAACAGUAAUAAUAGCAGCAAAAAUUUAAACAUUAGUAGCGGUAGUAGCGGUGGAUUUAACAAUAGUAAUAAUAAUAUAAAUAAUAAUAGUAAUAGUAUUGGUGGUGAUAGUAGUAAUAAUAAUACAUCAAAUGUAAAAAAUAUGUCGAAAAGUAAGACUAUAUCAUCAUCGUCAUCAUCAACAACAACAACAUCAAAUAAUAAUAACAAUAGUAAUAAAAGUAAUUCAUUGAAUUCCUCCAAUAUAACAUCAAAUCAAACAUCAACAACGGAAAACCCUUCAAUUUCAUCCUCUGCUACUGUUUCUGCCGUUAAAGCAAUGACAAUGCCGCAGCAACAGCAACAACAACAACAUCAAAAUGUAAAUUCUGCUGAUGUGCAAUCUAAUGCUAGUACAAUACCAGCAUUAUCAUCAUUAUCCGCAACAAAGUCCAAUGGCUCUACCGGUGGAAAAAAUCAUAAAAAUCAAAUUAGCAGUAAUAAUAGUAAUGGAGGAGCUGGAAAUAAUACUAUCAACAACAACAAUAAUAAUAGCAGUAAUAAACAACAAAUAGGAAAAUCUGUAGCAGGUGCUGCUUCAAAAUCCAAUAUUUCAAUUUUAACGCCACCACCAGCUGCCUCUACCAGUUUAACAACAAAUAUUUCAUCACCAUCUUCGUCAUCUAUUUCUUUAUCUUCAAAUGCCAGUAUACAACAACAACAGCAACAACAACAAUUACAAUUACAACAAAAUGCUGCUGCUGCUGUUGCAACAUCAGCAUCAGCAUCAGCUGUAAAUAAUUUAAUAUCGUACGCCUUACAAAAUCAAAAUAUAGAAAGUUUAGUUAAUUAUAAAUUAGCUAGUGAUACUUCCGAUACUGAUACAGAAUUACAACAUCGUGUUACAGAUUUAUCAGAAUCGGAUGAGGAAUCUGUGUCUGAGAUUCUUCUGGCAUGUUUGUGUCUAAGGCCAGAUCUUUUGGACGAAAUACCAGAAUCUGAUCCUGAAAGUUGUGGUAAUGACGUCGAUGGCAAUGAAGAUGAAGAUGAUGGUGAUGACGAAGAUGAAGAUGAAGAUGAUGAAGAAUUACAAGAUCCGAAUGAAACUGGUAAUUUUCUAUUAGAUCAAACAAAUGAUCAAAGAAAAUUAACAGCAUUAUUUGAGGCCGCCAAUGAAAAAGCACCCGUUUGUUUAAAAACAGCUGCUCUUGCAAUUGAUGAAACAAAGCAAGCAUUAACAAAAAUGCGUUGUUCAAAUAGUCCUAGAGACAAAACAAUUUUUUCUCGUACUUUGAUUGCUGCUUGUACAGACAAUGAUGUUAAUACUGUAAGACGUUUAUUAGGUAAAGGGAAUAUUGACAUUGAUUCAACUGAUGAUGGAGAAUCAUUAUUAUCAAUGGCUUGCUCAGCUGGUUAUUAUGAACUUGCACAGGUUUUAUUAGCCAUGUCUGCCGCUCAAGUUGAGGAUAAAGGACAAAAAGAUUGUACACCUCUUAUGGAAGCUGCGUCGGCAGGUCAUUUAGAUAUUAUAAGAUUACUUUUAAGUCAUAAUGCUGAUGUAAAUGCACAAUGUACCACUGGCAACACACCUUUAAUGUUUGCAUGCGCUGGAGGACAUGUGGAAGUUGUUAAAGUACUAUUAUCGCAUGGAGCUCAUGUUGAAGAUCAAAAUGAAAAUGGCCAUACUCCUUUAAUGGAAGCAGCUUCAGCUGGACAUGUUGAAGUAGCAAAGGUUUUACUUGAGCAUGGAGCUGGUAUUAAUACACAUUCAAAUGAGUUUAAAGAGAGCGCAUUGACCCUAGCAUGCUACAAAGGUCAUUUGAAUAUGGUUAAAUUUUUAUUAGAAGCAGGUGCUGAUCAAGAACAUAAAACUGAUGAGAUGCACACUGCAUUAAUGGAAGCUUCAAUGGAUGGCCAUGUAGAGGUUGCCCGUUUGUUAUUAGAUUCGGGUGCUCAAGUAAAUAUGCCAACCGAUUCAUUUGAAUCUCCUUUAACAUUAGCAGCAUGCGGAGGACAUGUUGAACUUGCGACGCUUUUAAUUGAACGUGGGGCUAAUAUUGAAGAAGUUAAUGAUGAAGGUUAUACGCCUUUAAUGGAGGCAGCCAGAGAAGGGCAUGAAGACAUGGUUGCUCUUCUACUUAUGAAAGGAGCAAAUAUUAAUGCUACAACUGAAGAAACUCAAGAAACAGCUUUAACUUUAGCUUGUUGCGGUGGUUUCACUGAAGUUGCUGAGUUUUUAAUAAAACAAGGAGCGAAUUUGGAACUUGGUGCUUCAACACCUCUUAUGGAAGCAGCCCAAGAAGGUCAUACUGAAUUAGUGCGUUUUCUUUUAGAAAACGGGGCUAAUGUUCAUGCUCAAACUCAAACUGGUGACACCGCUUUAACACAUGCCUGCGAAAAUGGUCACACAGAUGCGGCAGAAGUUUUACUAUACUACGGAGCUGAAUUAGAACAUGAAUCAGAAGGUGGAAGGACACCAUUAAUGAAAGCAUGUCGCGCAGGCCAUGUCUGCACUGUAAAGUUUCUUAUAAGUAAAGGAGCGGAUGUCAAUAAAGAAACAGCCAGUAACGAUCACACUCCCUUAUCUUUAGCAUGUGCCGGAGGACAUCAAGCGGUUGUUGAACAUUUACUCAAGAGUGGGGCAGAUCCUUUUCAUAAACUAAAAGAUAAUAGCACAAUGUUAAUUGAGGCUGCAAAAGGUGGACACAUACGCGUGGUUGAGACUUUAUUUAAAUAUCCACAAUUUUUACAAAAUCACCAAAAUGAAUUACAAGCUAGUAAUAUAUCAAGUAAUGCAGCAGCUGCCGCUGCUGCAGCUGCAGCAAAUGCUGCAAGCCAAAUACAGCUAUCAUCAAUGAAUUUGCAACAGCAAAAACAAUUACAACAUCAAUUACAACAAUUAGCUGCUCCACCUGGUUUACAUGAAGUUCCUGAAGCUGUGCGUGUUUCAAAUCAACAAAUAUUUCAACACCAGCAACCACCAUCGCAACAAACACAAAUGCAACAACAACAAUUUCAACCUGGAGAUCUUAUAGACGAUCAAAUAAUUGCAAAUACCACAGCUGCUGAUAACAAUGGUUUUGUAGGAUUAGUGGACACAUCGGCUGCAGUAGUGGGUGGUACAAGUGGUAAUUCAAGAACAUCGCAACAAGAAGAAGCUCUAAUUGCUAAAAUGCGACUCUUUCAAUUACAUGCAGGUUUUGAAGAUGGUUUAGCUCAUGGUUUAUCACGUACUCAACCAGAUGUCUUAAAUCAAAUAAUAAAUAAUGUAAACGCAUCGAACACAAAUAAUAAUGCAUCAAAUGCAACAAACUUAAUACAACAAACGACUAACAACAAUAUUAAUACUGUUACCGCAAAUCAAUCAAAUAAUUUGAUUGCAUCUGGUACCAAUAACAAUAAUAGUACUUCAGUAUCAACCGCGACAUCAAUAUCGACAACGAGUAAACAAAAGAGUGUUUUACGAAAAAAUCGAUUACCACCAUUAUCAUUCGAACUAAAUUUAACGAGUUCAGAGGCUCAACAAGUGCGCUCCCAACCAUUGGGAGAAGAUGACAGCAGUUCUUUAGGUGUAACAAAUGUAGCUGCCAAUCUUCCAAAUAUUAAUCCAAAUAAUUUAAUUGUUGGAAACGAUGAACAAAUGCCGCAGCAGCAUCAACAACAGCAACGACGUAAAAUAAUGGAAGAAUUUCAAAAGAAAACUAAUAUUCAACUUGUUUGUGAAGGGAAUGGUCCCCCGCCAUCACUUUUACCUUCAGCUUACGUUGAUAUAACAACCGCAUCUACACAAGGGAUAAUUUGCAAUACUGGCGGAAUGAAUUUUACGCCCUCCAAUGGGACACCCAUAUUUGGAGCUGUUCCAAAUGGAGCUACUCAGCAGAUGCAGCCAGCUUCGCUUGCCACUUUUGCUGCAGCUGUAUCAAAUGCGCCCACGAUCUUCUCUGGAACCGGUUCAGUUGCUACAACAACAUCGACACAAAUAACAACACCAUCUGAAGUAUCCCAAAGUACUGCAAUAAGCGACAGGCCUAAAGUAAAACCAGUUUCUAAGAAAGACGCCAAGAAUUUGAGAAAAUAUGCUGCUGCAGCUCAAUUGCAGCAGCAACAACAACAUCAGCAACAACAGCAACAAUUGCAACAACAACAUCAACAACAAUUACAACAGCAGCAACUUCAACAACAACAACAGCAAAUACAAAAUCAGGCGCCCUUGCUAAUGACUACUGAACCAAACAGUUUUCAGCAGCAACAGCAACAUACCAUAGGUCAAACUAUUAAUGUAAGUGGUGGAGCUAUUAGUAAAUUACAACAGCAAACUCAGCACCAACAACCACAAACUCAGCAUAACCCAAGCGUUAUAUCUAUUCCAAAAUCGAUGCAAACCGUUAUUGAUAACAAUGGAACACAAAAUCAAAUCCAGCAAACAACUUUGCAUCAGAUACCUUUAUCUCAAUUAGCUAAUACUAAAAAUACUUCAGUUCUCCAAAAUACAUGUUCCAACAGCAAUUCAAUUGCUAUAUCGUCUGCAACUGGAAGUGGUUCCAAUUUAGUUAGCGCUUCAGUCGUUCCGACUAAUGCUAAUACAACUCCUGAAGGUUUUAAACAUUAUGAGGAAGAAUUAAAAAGAUUAGCUUUCAAAAAAGAGUAUCAGUGGAAUAAAAAAAUGUUGCAAAUUUUUUCUCAAAUAUCAGAUGAUCAGUUAAAUCAACUACCAAAAGUAGUUCAAGGUUUCAUGAUGGGUUUAAGAUUGCAACAACAAGCACAACAAACUCAACAACAAUCUCUCGAGCAAGAACCCCAAGAACAAAUUCAAUUACAAGCUGAAGAAAAACAGCAUCAAGAUGAUUUACCAAAAUCGCCUACUUUGGAAACUAUUCCUUAUACUGAUUCAAGUAAUAGUGGUGUAGUUUCUAAUAUAACUAAUACGCUAAAUGCUGCUAUUGUUGCUUUUGAAGCUUCUGCAAAUGCCCAUAAUGUGGAAGAUCAUUCAACAAAAGUAGUUUCAAACAGCGUUAUGAAUGAAGAUGAAGAGUUAACUUCUAUUGAACCUAUUUGUCCUGACGAUUCUUUAAUGAUUGCUGAUGAGAAACAACAGCUUCAAGAUCAGCAAGAUAACAUACAAGAUGCCCAACAAGAACAACAAGUGAUUGAGGAAAUUGAAGACGUUGAUGAUGAAGAAGAAGGCGACGAUGCGGAGGACGACGACGAUGAAGUGGAUGAUGAGGAAGAAGAUGAAGAUGAAGAAGACGAAGAUGAAGAUGACGUAACAGAAGAUUUUCCAACUAAAAGCAGAAAAUUAUCUCAUCAUUUGGAAAAUUUAAUUUAUUCUAAUGUAUCUUUGAAAACGGGUGAUGCUGCAGAUUUUGUCGAUAUUUCUCGUGCAUUAAGAGAUGCAGUUCAUGAUUUUCGCCCUGAGUUAAGUUCAACAGGAAUUGUAAAAGUUCUACAACCAAAUAACAAUAUAUUACAACACAAUAAGGCAACUGUUAAUCUGAACAACGUAAUGCAACAACAAUUCACUAUUGGAAAAUAUCAGGACUCAUUUACAGCGCAACCCGAUGAACAGUUCCGUUUAUACCCCGUUGAAGGAGCUGACGAUGAAGCAAUUGGUGAUUGUAUUUAUCCUUUGAGUGAAUCUUUGGAAGGCUUUACAACUGAUGCAGAUGAUGCUACGAGAGAUCAGAUAUGUAGUUACGAAUUGGGUCUUGGGGAAUGUAUGGAAGAAUUCUUUAACGUUUUCCAAAACGUGAAUGACCCAGCUUUUCACGAAUUAACAUCGAAUCUUAAUUGCUCCGAGUUUGCUGAGUUUGGGAUUAACUCAUUUUGUAAGACUCGCUGGGCUGGACAAUGGGUACAACAGCCACAAAGUCAAGAUAUAAUGACUCAGGGUGCUUGUAUAACUGAAGAACAACAGCAACAGCAGCAAAGCGAACAGCGUCAAAUAUUAUUAGACCAACAAAUGUUGCCGAAUCGAUUAUCAAUAGAAGAAAUGCAAAUAUAUAAUCAACUUCAGAAUCAACAAGCCACACUUUCAUUGGUGCCCUUACAAUCUGAUGAACAGCAACCUCCUAACAUUGGAAUUCAAACACUGCCACCAUCAUCGGUUCAACAACAAACCAUUAACCAAAAUAAUACAAAUGUUACAUUACAGCAAGCAAAUGGUUUGCACAUACAACAAACUCAACAAAUGCAACAACAGCAAGCACAGCAAUUAUUAUCUAGCCUUUCUAACGAAGCUCAGCAGGCAAAAUUCUUGUUUAAUGUUGAUUCCGAUAAACCAUCGCCGUCUCUUCAACUAUUAUUCCAACUUCCACCAGUUCAACAAGGCCAACAGCAGCAGCCAGCUGCAAUAAUUACAGCACAACAACAGCAGCAACAGCAACAACAUCAAACCGUAAUAUCAACCAAUCAGCAACAGGCACUACUUGCACAGCAACAGCAAAGUUUACAGCAGCAAUCGCAGUUAAAUUUAAAUCAACAACAAUGCGUCCAACACGCUCAACAAGUUCAGGUAGCGACUCAAACACCACAACAACAAAAUAUACCUGGAAAUAUGAUAACAACCGGUACAACGCAGUUUUGUGCUACGGUAACGCCUACUAUGGAUGGUAACGCUUUAAAUAUUCAACAUAGUCAUGGUUUGGCAACUGGUACCACAGGGGUUGGAAAGUCUAGCUCAUCAAAAAAGACUCUUGAUAAAAUAUCCAGAAAAGACAGAAACAGAUACACUGUGAUGCGCCAAACUCCUGCCGGCAGUCAAGCUAAUACUACAACUCAACAAUACACCACUCAACAGGCAGGAACAAUUGCUACUGUUACGCAAGAUAAAACUAUAGAUGUUGAUUCUGAAACUGAUUCGAACCAUGAUACAGCAUUAACAUUAGCAUGCGCUGGAGGUCAUGAAGAGCUUGUUGAGUUACUCAUUAGUCGUGGUGCAAAUAUUGAGCACCGUGACAAGAAGGGUUUUACUCCUUUAAUACUUGCAGCAACUGCCGGACAUGAAAAAGUUGUUGAUAUUUUGCUAAAGCAUGGAGCAGAACUGGAAGCUCAAUCAGAAAGAACUAAAGACACACCCCUAUCGUUAGCAUGUUCUGGUGGCCGAUAUGAAGUGGUUGAACUUUUAUUAAGUGUUGGAGCUAAUAAAGAACAUCGCAAUGUAUCUGAUUACACACCAUUAAGUUUAGCAGCAAGUGGGGGCUAUGUAAAUAUUAUCAAACUGCUUCUAAGCUCUGGUGCUGAAAUUAAUUCAAGAACUGGCAGUAAAUUAGGUAUCUCACCAUUAAUGCUGGCUGCAAUGAAUGGUCAUACUGCUGCCGUAAAACUUUUGUUAGAUAUGGGUUCUGAUAUAAACGCUCAAAUAGAAACAAAUCGUAACACUGCUUUGACCCUUGCGUGCUUUCAAGGUCGUCAUGAAGUAGUUAGCUUACUUUUAGAUCGAAAAGCAAAUGUUGAACACAGAGCUAAAACAGGCCUUACACCAUUGAUGGAAGCAGCUUCAGGUGGAUAUAUUGAAGUAGGUCGGGUAUUACUAGAUAAAGGGGCUGAUGUUAACGCUGCUCCAGUUCCUACAUCACGUGAUACUGCCCUAACAAUAGCUGCUGAUAAAGGUCAUUUGAAGUUUGUCGAGCUGUUAUUGUCAAGACGAGCUGCAGUAGAAGUAAAAAAUAAAAAAGGAAAUUCACCAUUGUGGCUAGCAGCACACGGUGGUCAUUUGGCUGUUGUUGAAGUUUUAUAUAACCAUGGUGCUGACAUUGACUCACAAGACAACAGACGUGUUUCGUGCUUAAUGGCAGCAUUCCGAAAAGGUCACACAAAAGUUGUUAAGUGGAUGGUGCAACAUGUCACCCAAUUUCCGUCUGAUCAAGAAAUGACUCGUUUCAUAAGCACAAUUAGUGACAAAGAGUUAUUGGAAAAGUGUUACGAUUGUGUAAAAAUAAUUCGUGCCGCUAAAGAAGCACAAGCAGUUAAAGCAAACAAAAAUGCGUCUAUAUUGCUUGAAGAAUUAGAUAUGGAGCGAACCCGAGAGGAAAGUCGACGUGCUGCGGCAGCACGCCGUCGUGAGCGUAAAAAGAAAAAGAAACUUGAAAAAAAAGAAGAAAAACGUCGUUUAUUAGAAGGUAAUAAUCCAGAAAUGGAAGAUAACGCGAAUGGUGAAGACAAAGAUGAUGACAAAGAUAGUGAAAAAGAGGAAGAAAGUGAUAAAGAAGAAGGCAAUGUUGAAGAUGUUCGAAAUCGUGAGGAAGGAGAUUCUGGAAUAGAUCAAGGCUCUUGCUCUAGUAGCGAUGUGAAAGCAGCCGCUGUUCAAAAUGAUAAACCUAACAAGAAAAAGAACAAUAAGAAGAAAAAUAAUAAACAACAACAAAAGCAAGAAAAAGAAUCGACCUCUUCAAAGGAAAAAGAUUCCAGGGCAUCCAGUAGUCCAAUACCUUCAACAGCUGCGCAACAAGAUGAUUUGCCAUUAAAUCAAUCCAGCCAAGGUAAAACAAAAAACAAGAAACAACCACAAGAUGAUACAGCAAACAGACUAAGCAAAAAAGAGCAGCAAAAAUCAAAUGUUACUACAAAUGAACCAAAGAAAUCUGUUCAAGUAGAUCAGCAGAAAAAAGACGACUCAAAGAAAAAAGAAGUUUCAGCAUUACCUAAUAACAAAGACUCUUCUAAACAAAAUAGAGAGAAGGAAAAAGAAAAUGUAACUCCAAAAGAGGAAAGUCAUCAGCAAGUAAGCAGUAAUACGCAUCAUAGCGCGGUACCGAAACCACAAAGUAAAGCAUUAACCGACAAAAAACUUAAUAACGAGAAUUACCAAAACUUUGUACAACCACAAUAUCAUCAGCAACAACAACCUCAACAGUAUCAACAAAAGUCGCAUGGAAACGAAACUCAGCGACGUUCAAUAAUAUUUUCUCAGAGACAUGUUAAUGAAAAAUUGGAUGAAAAAUCAAUUUCUGAUCAUACCUCUAUUAAAUCAAGCCCAAAUAAACCACUUCAAAUAAGUAAACGUGGCGAAGAUGGAUGGAAAGAGGUUAUACGUAAAAGCUCUACACAAACUCCUGGUUUAGCCGAAAUUCCUUUAACAAGUACCGCUACUUCCAGCAGCAGUAGUAGUUUUGGAACUAACAGUAGCACCGUUAGUACUACUAGUAAACCAGUAAAUGAAAUUACUUGUAAAAAAGUUCAAGUACCAGUAAAUGCUAUAUCUCGAGUCAUUGGUCGUGCAGGAAGCAAUAUAAAUGCUAUUAGAGCCACAACUGGAGCUCAUAUUGAAGUUGAAAAGCAAAAUGGUGGAAAAACACAAGUUGAACGAUGUAUUACUAUUAAAGGCCUAGCUGAAGCAACUAAGCAAGCUCAUAUGCUAAUUACAACUUUAAUCAAAGAUCCUGACGUGGAUAUUUUGCAAAUGUUACCAAAAGUAAAUCCUAAUGCCACUAAACCUCCUCCACCAUUAAUGGUCCCAUUCACUUGGGAAAAGAAUCCGUCUAACAAUAGUGGGCAACCAUCGGCUUCAUCUGCUGUGUUUGGUGGACCAAGUAAUAUGGCAAAUAAUUCGGCAAAUGUUUCAUCAAAUACACAAAAGCCAGCCAAAACAACAACUCUCAUGAGUUCAUCGAUGUCGAAAUCUUUAACAACGACUGCUAAUAUGAAUAAACCUUGUAAAACUCAAAUGUCUUCAAAUAAUCAAAUAAAGGGCAACACUUAUAUGGGAAAUUCUUCUAAUUCAAGAUCCUCAACGAAUCAGUCAAAUCGCGCAUCAACCCAUGAUUAUUCUUCUUUAUCACAAAAUAAAAGAAAUAGUGGCGAAAAUUUAUCAAACACAAAGACAACAAUGUCUUUUACAAAUGCUGUUAUGUCGUCCAAAAAUUCUCAAUCAAAGACAAACAAUAAUAUUGGUCAAGCUACAUUUGCAGCCAAAUUGUCAUCGGGGGGCAAUCAACAUUCUGAUAAAAAGAGUAACACUGGCCAGCAUAUUUCAAAUCAAAUGUCCGCAAGCUUUAACUCAUCGCCAAAAAAGAAUUACAAUAGCGCAAGCACGUUUGAAGUUGGUACAUUUGUAGUACCGACAACUAUGGCUCAGCCACGCAAAAGCAAUGUUGGCUCGUCUCAUCAAAGUAUAGCAUCAUCAAGCAAUUACGGCAUGGAUAAUUCUAAUAUAAGUGGUCCAAAUACUCAAGGAAAUUGCGGCACAGGCCGAUCACUUACUCCUAUUGGGCAUCCAAUAAAUUUAAAUAACCGCACAGUUUCUUCGUCACCAUCCUUCGCGGCAGCAGCAGCCGCUGGGACUAUGUCAAUGCAACAGCACUACCAAAACCAUCAAGGUUCAAAUAUGCGUAACAUUGUGGGUGGCGAUUCUAUGACAUCAGCAUUAUCGAUUAAUACAUCUAUGGGUGCAUCAGUGUCUGCCAAUUCAUCUCUCGCAAUACAACCCUCAUCCAGUGCUGGCAUAGUGUCACAGUUACAUAGUUCAUCUGCAAAAAUUAGUCAUGAAUAUACUUUAUUUAAUGAUUCUUACCAAAGUCAGUGGGAGUCUAAACAAAUAAUGUACAAUAAUAGUUCUAAUGAUACUUUGCCGAAAAUUGACGCUUCUAAGGCUCCAGGAUACAAUCGGGGCAACGUAAUGAGCUCGCCAGUCAGUUCCAAAACGUCAAGCAAUUCAACAACACCACCGGGUAUGGUCAAUAAUAAUGUUGGCACUAUUGGGCAGCAGCCAAAUCCAAAUAUGUUAUCAAAUGUUUCGUCAAUGUCACCAGGCAGUUGUGCUGGUUCGCAAUUGUCUAGUAACUCAACAAAUUCGUCUCAAAAUCAACAAGUUCAGCAACAGCAGCAGGUUCAAUCCAACACUAACAUCGAUAUAGUUUCUAAUAGUAAUGUUAUUGGAAGCAAUGCAAAUUCCACUGUUGGAACGAAUGACAUAUCAAAUAUUUUGAAACCGAACACGUCACAAAAUAUUAAUGUUCCACCACCACCACCUCCAAUUGGUUCGUCAGUGUCAGGCUUAGCUGUACAAAGACCAUUGAAUCGUCAAUCUCAGCAUCCACCAGUGGAAACGAAUAAUAACACUACUAAUAAUUUCGGGCCAAUCGGUCCAAAUACAAAUCGGACUGCAAACAUCAGUGCAAGUAACAAUGAUCCAACGCAACACAGUUUAAAUCGAACAAGUAGCGCUUAUUAUGAUCAGAUGAGUUCACAAGUAAAUUACCAGCAAGACAACUUACAAAAUCAAUUUCAUCCAAAUUACAAUACUUCUGCUACAACGAAUCCGCUACAUAUGUCGCGGUUGAACCCGAGGGCAUCAGUUUUCUCAAAUAAAGCAAGUCAACAGCAACAACAAUCUCAGCAACAAUCUCAGCAAAUGUACCAAGGAGGUAACGUAGGCAAUACUGGAACUGCUGGUGGUUACCAGCAAAAAAUGGCUCCUGGUCCGAUAGGUUCGCAAGCUCCAGGUGCUAGUGGCGGAGGUGGUAGUAAUUCAGGUUUGUACAAUCCUGCGCCUGGGCGACCCCAAUCCCAACCUCAAGUUGGUUCUAAUCAAAGAUGGUAUCCAAGCAACGAAUAUUCCAGUUAUAUGUCAACAUCUCGUGACUUAUUAGGUUUGGAUAAUGGUAUUGGUGGAAUGGGCGCGGGCAACUCACCUGCUUCAAUGUCACCAAAUAAUCAACCAAAUGGUAUUAUGACCCAGCAGCAAGCUGCUUUGAAUCAAGCAUCUCUGGCGCCUCCACAGCAUCAACAACAAAAUCAAACUCCAUGUCCUCCUCAGCCAAUUUCAGACGAUAAUAGAAAAAUACCUCGCCCAAUUGGAACUGAACGAGCAAGCUGGAAACAUAAUAUUUACUCUAUGGAUGACAUGAAUACUCCGCAAGUUCCCAUGAAUUUAAUGGGAACUGGAGCUAACGCUGCUCUAGGUGGAACUUGUUUUGGGCCAAAUUUAAACACAAACAUGGGAAAUUUACCUCCCUGGAUGAUGGAUAAAACUCAACAUCAAACACAUCAAGCAAUGCAACAACAACCGCAGCAACCACAACAGCCUCAACAACAACUAAACUGGAACAAAAAUCAACAACAUACAAGAUAUUAUGAUAUAAACCAACAACAACAAGAUCAUUUUCAUUUGCCAUUAGAUUAUAGCGUACCACCACCGAAUGUCACUCCAGCUAUUAAUUUGAUGCCACCAUAUCAGUACGCUCAACUUCCAGGAAAUUAUUUACCAACCGUAGAUUAUCUACCAGAUAAAGUUGAAUCAUGGGAACAAAACGAUAAACAUGGCUGGUCAGCUAGUUGGACAAAUUAAAGUAAAUAAUUAACAGAACAUACUUGAAUUUAGUAAUACCUACAAGAUACUUCGUACGACAAAUUGAAUAUUGUGGGAAAUUUGAAAUCUAAUAUACUUAUUGAUAUGUCUAAAAAUUUAUAUAUUCAUUAAUAAUAUAUAUACAUAUAUAUACAUACAUAUUUUUUAGUUAAGUACUAUAGGAUUAUUUCUUUUGUUUAAAACUAGUGAGUUUAAAUCAAAUACACCUUUUAAAUUUUUUUCAAUCAACUACAGUUUAAAUUUAUAACAGUCCAAAAUAACUGCUAAGAUAUUGUUAGGGUUUUUCUUUACUUUUUUUUUAAAUUCAUUGUUUUCUUUUGAUAUUACAUAAUAAUAACACUUGAAAUACAAAACAUAAAAGAAGAAUUAAAUUUGAAAUAUAAUUAAGAUCAAUUAUUAAAAGUCGGAUGAAAUUGUAACAGGAAAAUUAAUCUGUAUAAUUAUUUAAAAAAAUAUAAGAAAAAAAAUUAAUUUUUCCUUUUGCUGAUAAUUAUUUUCUUUGCUUUCUGUUCAAAAUUUUUAAACUUUGAAAUAUAGGUGAUGGUAAAAAAUGUCAUUGCUACCAAUUUAAAAACAAACUAUUUUUCCAAUACUUGAUAUUUGAUUUAUAAAAUCGCGAAGGAAAUCUUAAAUGUUUCAAAUAACAUUGAAAUUUUAUAAUUGAAAAAUAAAAUCGAACACUUCAAAAAAGAUUAAUUUCAUUAAAAAUCUGUCAUAUUGUUUUGUAUGUAUUCGAUUUCCCAUAUUGAAUAAAAAUAAUGAAAUAUCAA